AUGAAGCACCCAUAUCAAAUCACUGUCACAGAUAAAUCAGGAGAUCACUUAUUUGUAUCUGUCAAAAAUCAUUUAUAUGCUUUCAAUCUCAAAACAGGUGCAGUUGUGGGUUCAUGGGUCGAUACUGUUGAUAUUUCUGUUCCAUUGAAAAAACAACAAGAAGAUAAGAUAAAAGUAUUGGAACAAGAAGCCUUGAAAAAAGACUCCAAUGAAGACGAAGAAAGUGCUAGCAAGAAGCUGAAAAACGCAAAUGGUAUUAAAAUACCUAAGAUUCCAGUGCCGGGUCCUGGAGCACCACCAAUUUACAACUAUGUAAGAUCUUUGACUUUAUCAAAUAAUGGAAGGUACUUAAUUGGUACCACCGAUAGCGAUAAAGCUGCUGUCAUAUUCAAUGUUGAUUUCAGUGAAGAAAACUGCCUAAAACUUAUGAAACGUCAAAUAUUCCCCAAAAGACCAUGUGCUGUUUCCACUAGUGCAGAUGAUUCAACUUUAAUCGUAGCAGAUAAAUUUGGUGACGUUUAUUCCAUUCCAAUCGAUACAAGUGAACCAGUGGAUGAAAAAUCUUUGGUUCCAAUUUUAGGUCAUGUUUCAAUGUUAAGUGAUGUAUUGGUAGCUCAACACAACAACAAACAAUUUAUAUUAACUGGGGAUAGAGACGAACAUAUCAGAAUCACUAAUUAUCCAAGAACAUACGUGGUUAAAAAUUGGCUCUUUGGCCACAGAGAGUUUGUCUCUAAUUUACAUAUACCUUCGUUUGAUCCAAGUAUAUUGAUAAGUGGUGGUGGUGAUGAUUAUCUUGCUAUUUGGAAAUGGCAUGAAAAUAAAUUAUUAUCUAAAGUUCAAUUACGUGAUUUGAUUCAACCAUUCUUGAACGAUUCUCAUUUACCUCCCGAAAGAUUUUUAAAAGAUGAUUCUCCUAAAGAAAUCUCAAUUGUUAAAAUCUUGACUUAUGCUAAUCCAAAAUCAAACGAAAAACUAUUAGUAGUUUUAUGUGAAAACACCAAUUGCAUCUUAACUUUCAAAUUAGAUGAAAAUGAAUUUUCUGCCACCCACAAACAAACUUUUGAAACGAAAUAUCCAUUGAUCGAUAUAACCCUAUAUCAAGAUACAAUUUUAGCAACUCUUGACAUUGAAUCAGAAGAUAAUUUAAUUGAGUUGUAUAAUUUUGACGUUGACUCUGUGUUGAACGAUAGCUCGAAAGAAAACUUGUCUUUGAUAAAUUCCAUUUCUCUUGCAAAUAAUUGUGACGUUGAAUCAAGAAAAGAUUUCUACCCAUUAUAUUACAUUAACUCUUUAAGAAAGAGAAGUGAACAUUAA